GAGCUCUGGUGUGUUAGUAUAGAAGAUUUAGUGGCUCAUUUCUACAGUAUAUUUUACAUGGAAAGGAUUAUAAUUAGAAACAAACAUGCUUUGCCAAUUUGGGUUUGUACUAAUUGCAAUUUAUGGAUUUCUGAAAAACUUUAAUCCUGACAAAAAUUACUUUUCCGAAAUAGUUUUCAGUCCUCCGAAGAAUUUAACAGUAGCUGAGGUAACUCAAGACAUAUACGGAGUUUCGGCUUACUCCAAUCUUAUCUUUGCCUUUGUUGCACUUCUGGUCACAGACAUACUACAGUACAAGACCAUAAUCGUUGUAGGAGCUUUGGCAGCUGCUGUAUAUAGUCCAGUCCUCUAUUUUGGAACUACCGUUACACAAAUUCAGAUUUCUCAGGCGCUGCUCGGGUUCUACAAAGCUUCCCAAGUAGCUUAUAGUACCUACAUCUACACUCAAGUUAAGAAACAUAACUAUCAGGAAGUGACAGCUGUAGUGCAGAUAACUCCAAAACUGGGAACUUUGAUCUCGGCACUCUUAGCUCAGUUUCUCAUGUCAACCCACUUCAUCACUGUCCAGAGCCUCAUUCUCAUAUCUUGGGUUGUCCACAGUACUUCAUUUCUGACUACGCUUGCAUUGCCUACAGUGGAAGGCACUGCUUGCCCAACCGACAGAAAACCUGGUGAAGCGCAAAGUGUUAAAGUGGCAGGCUGUCAGAGAUAUCGUCAUGCCGCCCGCCUUCUCUGGGAGGAGCUCAAGUUUGCAGCCUCCAAUGUAAACACCCUGAAGUGGUGUGUGUGCAGGAUCAUGUCUUACGGAGCCAACCAGUUGGUGUGUGAUUACUAUGUGCAAGCUCUGUGGAACGAUAUCACUGGAUCCAAUCAGAACACCAACAACGCCGGAGUAGAAGCCAUCUAUGCCUGCUGCAGCACCGUAAUAUGCUUCAUGGUGGGCAAGCUGAAGAUAGAUUGGCAGGACCACGGGGAUAUUGUCAUUGCAGUUUGUACCCUGGUACAAGCAAUGGCUCUCUAUGCUUCAGCACAGUCCUCGUCCAUCAUAAUUUCUUACGGACUUUACAUCAUUACAUCUGUGCUUUGUGACUUAUUGACAGUCAUCUGCAAUUCACAGAUAGCAUUGCAAAUCAAGUAUGACGGGUUUGGGCUCAUCUUCGGCAUCAAUUUUUUCCUAUCAGUCGGUUACCAAGGUAUUCUAACAUAUGUUUUGACUUCCAAGAACACUUUGGCUCUUCCUAUCCGUGAACAGUUUGUGGCAGUAGGCGUUUGUACGGCUAUUUUGGGAAUAAUAUUCUCAGCUUUAACGAUCUCAUCGAUGAUUUUCUCAAAAUCAGCUUUAGUAAAGGAAAGUCUUCCAACAGAGCUGAGUAUCAACAGUGUCAGCAAAGCUGCAACACUGGACAUCAGAGAAACUGGUCGCAACAGUGUCGAACAAUCUAGCCAAACCUCGCCAAGGUUAGAAACAAUCAACUCAGCCAAGUCAAAAGCAUCUAAUGGUGUCUGUAUGAAAUAUUAAUUACCAAUAAUGAUAAGAAUUGAAUGUAUAGUUUAUACAGAAAAAUAUAAUUACGAAGACCAUUGCAUUCUGGAGGUAACAUAUAGUUUAAAAACAAUAAAGAAAUAAGUACCCCUGCUGCAGUAAACCUGCAAACUAAGUGAACUUAUGAUCGUGUAAUAGGAUUUUUACUAGAAAAAAAUCCUGAAAUAAGUCAGAUCUAUUUCCUUAAGUGUUGCACUGAAUUGAAAACUUGAGGAGAAUUGCACAGUCUUUUUGACCGGGUAGGCUACAAUUAAAAAGCCAUAUUUCAUUAAGUUUUGCGAUAUAUUGUAAUCCCUCAAAAUAUAAAAAUGGUGUAAAACAUUUAAUUUACAACCUUCUGAAUAUGCUAAGUUGAUGUAACAUAAAAUUGACUGUUGAGUUGUAAUAAAAUCAUACACCUUGUAUUGUUUGUUUGAUGUAAACCGUUUCCU